AUGGGAGAUGAAAGAUCGCAUCGAAACAAGAGAGAUUAUUCCGUAUUUGAACACGUGGACGACAUCAGUACCACAGCGUGGACACCCUCCAGGCGGUAUGGACCGAGGGAUGUGAGGAGGGCUGAACCGGGAAAAAGAUUGGCCCCUCACAGACCCACUUUAAGGAGUACACGUACAGACACUGACAGACGUGCAAGAGAAAGACUUCGCCAGAGAUAUCUAGCGUUGGAUGUGCAGACCCCCAAGAGCCGGCUACUUCUGCUCAACAUUCCUACUCAGCCGGAGAUCCUCGUCAAACGAUUCGAUUUGAAAACUCUGACAAAAUAUGUGGACUACUUCAUCGUACCAAGCCACAAUCUGACAGACAGCUCUGAAGAAGGUUUCACCUAUCACCCCAGCCGUCUCAUGGGCCUUAAUGACAUUCUAAACACGGAUUCUCUGCUGGACUUGCUGAUGGGUCUCGGAGCCCAUCAUGACAAGCUCAUCAUAACCAUUCCAGCCACCGCGCUGCGGUUCACCCUAAAAAACGUCGAGGAAAACACGCCCAGAUCUCCAGUCACGGAUGGGAAAGAAACUCUUACACAGACGGAGCUAUGCACCUUACUGGCUGAUGGAGGCUGGACUAUUGAGCGAGACGAUGACCUCACGGCGCCAUACGCCUUCAAGAAUGACAGCUGGAUUGCCUUUGAUGACAAAAUCAGUGUUGGCAUAAAGAGCAAAUAUGUGUUACUCCGUGACCUAGGAGGAGCAGCACUGUACGCGGUAGACAGUGCAGACUGGUCAGGAUCCUGUCUGGAGGAGAACAGUACCAGAAGCAGAGCACCAUUAUUACUUCACACCCUGUAUCACGCCUUCACAUCCCUGGCUCGCAAAUCGAGAGGCGUUCUACUAGAAACCCUGCAGCAGGAUAUCAGAACCUCAUCCCUGCGCACCGUCUCAGGUGACGUGCGGCUGUCGCCUUACCGAGUCGUGAGAGUGGUCGACCCCACUGGACAUUUGCACGUCGUGAGAAGGGAUUCAAAUGUCGAGCUCACAUGCACAAGGCCGGGUUUCUUCAGACACCCACGUACUUGCAAAAGGUUCUACCGAUGUGUGAAAUUCGACCAAGACUCAGACGAGUUCACAGUAUUUGUGUAUGACUGUCCUCCUGGUCUGAUAUUUGAGCAACGCUGGGAGAUCUGCAUAUGGCCAGGGACAACACUUGAAGAUCCGUGUUAUGGUUCCACUGAAAUUGCUCCCGUUCCUAAGGCCCGUUAUAUCUGCCCCACAGUGGAGGGCUAUUACGCAGAUCCUGAGAACUGCCGUUGGUUCUUUGCCUGUCUGGACCAUGCACGAGACGGCAUCUCACCUCUGACAGCCUAUGAAUUCCGCUGUCCUUUUGGACUAGUCUUCGACGAGAAGAACCUACUUUGCCAAUGGCCAUGGCUUGUUGAUGGAUGUGGAAAAGGCGGUGCCGCCACUGGAGCCUACUUUGGUUCAGUAACAUUUGGUGGCGCGAGAAGAGGUUACAUUGCAACAGCCGGAAACGGAUACACAAUUGGUGGUGGAGGUGCUGGUACUGUACUAUCACAAGCAUCCGGUUCCGCUUUUGUCACCGCAGGUGAUCUCAAUGUGCGAUCUGGAAUUGGCGUCACUUCCGGUGCAGACAGAACGGUUGUACAACGUGGUGCAGGACUUGUAACUGGUUAUGAAGCAGGAUAUGGUGCAGGUGGCGUAUUGCUAACAGAAGACAAUACAGGCAGUAACGAACGUGCAUCACUCACGCAUGCUGCUGGAGCUAAUAGAGGAAAUGUAAAAUACAGCGGUAGCUCAGCGCUGGGAGGAGAACUCGGUGGACAAAUAGCGAACGCUUACAUAACCGGCGGAAGAAGCAGUGAAAGUUUUGGAAAUGCUGGUUCUUAUAACGAAGGAAGAUAUAUCUCUUCUUACGCAUCGCUCCCUGAUUCUUACGUGUCAGGUGGUAGGAUUGAAAACUCUGGUGGAUUUGUGUCGGGAGAAUAUGUCGGAGUCCAUGGCAUAGGCGCCGCGUCUGCUUAUAUAUCCGGCGGGCAAGCUGCCGGCAUUUCUACCGACUCAAAAAAUGCUUUCAUUGGAAGCAGCGGCAGUGCCAGGGCUUUGUAUUCAUCCAAUGUUGCUCAUGGUAAUGAAGGCUUGUACUUCUCAGGCGGUGAUCUAUCUUCUGUCUCUGACCAGACUGUGGUCAAAACACCAAAUGUCCCAGGUCUUCUAGCUACUACAUUUAAGAAACCAGCCGUAGCUCAAUUGCCCAUUGUACAUCCCACUGCAGUUCCUCCUACAGCACAUCAGCAAAGAUUGGUUGGCAUUUCACAGGUUCAAACUCUAAUACCUUCUGUAGAGAAGGUCCCAGUUGUACAGCCUGCCGCAAUCCCUGUUGCUCAAGCAGUCCCCGUGACGGCCUACCAACAGACAGUAGUUGAGACUCCACAGGCUCCAGCUGUUCCAGUAACAACUUUCAGAGAAGCUGCCGUAUCAAAGAUCCCUGCUGUACAACCUGCUGUAGUGCCUCUUCCUCAAAGAGUCCCUGUGACAGCGUUUCAACAGACAGUUGUUGAGACUCCACAGGCUCCAAUUCUCCCAGUAACAACUUUCAGAAAACCUGCCAUAGCAAAGAUCCCUGUUGUACAACCUGCUGUAGUGCCUGUUGCUCAAACAGUCCCUGCGACGGUGUAUCAACAGACAGUGACUGAAACUCCGUCGCCAGUUGUCCGAGUAACACCUGCCGUGGCGAAGGUACCCGUUACACAAUCUGCCGCGGUGUCCGUAGCAGAAGCAGCCCCUGUGACAUUAUACCAAGAGAUAGUGGGCGAAUCACCGGCAGUAGCAACUAUCCCUGUUGCCCCAGCAGUGUCCCUUGUUCAGAAAACUGUACCUGUCACAACCCAUGUCAGAAGACCUACAGUAUCACACGCGCCGAUUGUUGGGGCAGCCCCACUUGCCACUUACUUUCAAGAAACACCAGUGGUUUCAGAUCUUUCGACAAGAACCAAAUUGCGACCAGUUGCACAUCAGGCACCAAUCAUACCUGUUGCCAGACCUGUUGUUCCCAUUGUAAACACGUAUUUGAGCACGCCCGCUCCUACUGUACUUCCAAUUCAAACUGAAUUUUCAGAAAUAGGUGUGUCUGGCUUUGCUAUUGGAAGAGGUGCUGGAGAAGGGCGUCAUUUCCAAGGAAGACCUGCUAUAUCUGUUGCUACGAAUGGAGCUGCUGGUAUUUCAGUACCAAAUGUAAGCUCUGAUAUCGAAACUUUUGGUGCAGUUGUCACUGAAAAUGCAGUUCCAGUAACUCCAGCUCCUGUGAUAAGAGCAGGCGUUUCUUCUGGAGGUCAUUCCUUCUCAACUACAGCUACUACUGUCAUAACGAGUGGUUCAGUACCUGUAUCCUCAGUUCAAAGUAAAGCUUCUAGUGGAAAUGUUCAAUCACCGCCAAACUCUGCAAUCCUUUCCAGCAAUUAUCUUCCAGUGACCCCUGUGGUCACAUCAGGAAUUUCUAAUGGGGCUUAUUCAUACUCUACCCCAGCAAGUGCUAUCUUAACCGGAGACGCUGUUUCCAUUAAACAAGUCCCAGUUCUGAAAUCGCAUGUGCCUUCUGAAAGUUAUUCAUUAUCAACACAUCUUCCCACAGAGAAAUCAAAUGCACCAUCAAGUGAAUAUUCAUAUUCUUCGCCUGCACCUAACAUACUGUCCAGUGGUACAGUGUCAGUUAAACCAAAUGUUGGGGUGUACUCAGUGCCAAGCAUUGAUAUAGUUCCUGGUGACACUGUUUCAAUCAUAAAUACAAGAAUAACGCCAGCAGUUGGAUAUUCAUAUCCGAAACCAUCUAGUACUUUUGCCACUGGAAAAGCUGCAACUUUUAGAGGAGUCUCUCUAGCAAGUGGACUUGAGCCAGCAGUAUUCGAGAGUUCUCCGGGGUUAGCCUCAGGUUUGGAAAUCCCAUCUUCCACAGCUGGACCAACGUUUGUAGGUUCAGAUGUUACUGGAGAACGUUAUAGUACAAAGGUUGGAGCCACCAGACUAACUGCCCCUCCUGCUUCCAAUAUAGAAAUUAGCAACAUCCAUAAAAAUGGGUACGCAUCUUCAUCAGUUACAGAUGUCCCACGCAUAUCCAUAUCCAGAGGUUAUACAUUAAGUCAGAAAGCUCUUCUUUCAUCCAAUGUAGAACCAAUUCAUUCAGUGUCAAUUGCUGAUGGAGAAUUCGGAGCACGAAAAUCUGAUCUGGGUCGUGAAUCUGUAGCACCUUACCCUGCAGAAGCAAGGGAGAGAUUCUCACCACAAAUCAACGCCACCUAUGGGGCGCCUCCUGUUACAGUAUACACAACAGAUUCAAACUUCAUUUCUGUUACUGGCCAUGCACAAGGACGGGGAAGACCUUAUCUUGGUCCUGGUUACGUUUCUAGUGCUCCCAUCCCAACAACCCCAACGCCAGGACCAAGAAUUUUUUAUUCAGAUACUCCAAGGCCUAAUUUUGUUUCAUCUACCUCAAGUCCUGCUGCAUAUAUGGCUGAAAUCAUACCUAAAUCUGAUGGAGUAGUGUCGACCCCAGUACCAGCUGUAACAAGCACACUCAUAGGUGAAACCUCUGCUCCAGUUUCACAAUCAACAUCAUCAGAUCACCAGAACCUAGAAGUAUUUGGUUCAAGACUUGGUCAAUCCGCCUCACGUAGAAAACCAGCACCAAUAAUGCGCAUUAAUUAUGAUAAUGAAAAUACUGAAGCUCUUCUUGAUAAAUAUUCAGGAAAGUUCGGUGGUCUCCUGGACAACAAUAAGGAAGGUUUCAUUAGUGGAAUAAUAAAUGAUGAUCUUGUUGAUCGUGAUAGAGGUCGGGUGAUACAGAAUAGUCGAGUAAAGGCUUCCCAAAGAGGACGUGUUGACACUGUCAGUCUGUCAGGCUUGAAUACAGUAUAUUCAGCUACUGGUUAUAGUGAUAGAAGUUCUAGCAUUGUGUCUGGAACCACAGCUGGCUUCUCAACAACACCUGCGACCGAUAUCGGCUCGAGUACUUUGGGAAAUACAGCGUACAUUAGCACAACUUCAUCACCAAAUUCAGGAGGCUUCAGAGGAAAGUUCAGAUACGGUUCGAAGGUAAACACAGAGGCCGAUGGAGGAAAUGGAUAUGACGCCAUCACAGUUGGACUUGAAGACAGUAAACUACGAUCUAAACAAGAGCCUGUUGUAUUUAUCACUCGUCUCAGUGAUGUCAACCCCCUCCUAAUCGCCAAAUUAGGUGCUCAGUGCACAUGUAAAUCUAAUACUGUCACACUGAAGAAACCAGAUGAUUUUUCAAAUGUUGGUAUUUCAGGAAGUAAACUGGCACCAAUUUCUAGCGCUACUUUUGAUGAUGAUGUAACUUCAAGAAGUGGAACAUAUAACAUUCCUGAACAUAUACCUUUGGCACCUCUUCCAGGAUCAAACCUUGUAACAGGUAGUUCUCCAGAUAUGAUUCUUGGACUGAAUGAUGAAAUAUCUUCAACAUCACAGAGUCUGACUCCGGUACCUCUUUCAACACCUAAAACUAAUGAAUUCCUCGAGGCAAUUGGACUGGACGAAAUUAGAGUCACGCCAGCACCUACAGUGUUGAUAACGACAUCGAGGCCACGCACUAAGCUAACAGGAGAUGCAUACAAAAGAGCAAAGCCUGUGGACAUUAGAUAUCUGGUUCCUUCCAAUACAGACGUGAGACUUCGAACAGGACCUCAGAGAUUAUCCACCACUCCUGAACCUCUCGAUAAAGUCAGCUCCACCAUCUCUUCUGCUACAGGUAUCAGAUAUCGCACAAGACCUGAGGCACGAAACGUGGUCUCCACCACAGCUGUUCCAGUGGCAGUUGUCUCUGGUGGGUAUCAUGAAGCAGGAUCCCUUGGUCCCGGAGCAGAUGCAGUGGCAUCGACAAGAGGUUCAGGUGUUAGAACAGAUGGCAGUCUAACCAAAGCAGGGUCAGGUGCUACAGGCGCUGGCAGGUCGUUUGAUAGAUAUGGACCUGGUGGUUGGCGAGGACUGGAUGAGACCUUGCAAGGGUCUGUAGAUUGUCAACGAGCAGGCCUGUUCAGACAUCCAAAAUACUGUAAUAAAUUUUACGCGUGUUACUGGGAUGAAUGGAAAGGGCGUUACACACUUCAUGUGUUUAAUUGCCCAGUUCACCUUGCAUACGACUCAAAUCUAGGUGCAUGUAACUGGCCAUCAAAAGGUCCUGCUUGCUCAGAUGAUAAUCUGCUUGUGUAAAAUUUUCCGUUCCUGAUAAAGAUUUGAAGAAGAGUGCAUCUGUUAUGUUUAUAAAUUAAAUAUACAGAGAAAGUGCCUUCUAUGAAUACCAUAUUGUUUCACUGAAGAAUUAUCAGUGAAAACACUAAUAAAAUCACGCUCUCUCUCUCUUAUGGGAUGAGCAUUUAAAUUCUUGGUGACUACUUUAUACAAAUGGAAGUUAGAGUAACCAUAUAUAUUUUGUAUAUGUAAAGAAGAAAUUUGGUCUUGGAAUUUUCUUUUCUUUUCCUUAACGGUUGAAGUUUUCAUAACAGAAAUUUGUUAAACCCCUGUAGUACGAUAGUGACAAAUACCUAUCUUGCAGGGAAACAAUGUACUACAUUGAUAACUAUGAACUUGCAAUUCACAGUUAUAUUAAUUACACAAACAGUCUUUUUUUCUGCAUAAAUAAUACAAACUCCAGUCUUCAAAAUUCUUAGUGAAAGCAGCAAUUUUAGGUAAAUGGAAUAUUACUCUAACAGCAAUCACAGAAGUUCAAUUUUAUCCAAUUUUAACCAUCUUCUGUUAAUAAUAAAAUGUUAGUUUUAUUAUUUUUCAAGUAAACUGUGUGAUAUUUAAAGUAUAACAUGUAAAUAGAUUUUUAAAAAGAAUUUGGUACUUCUCAACCUACGUGUAUAUUUACUUUAUAAACGACCCAAAUACCUGAAGCUUAAAAUGGCCUAAUAAAGUGCUGAAGUUUAUCAACACUCAGCUAUAAGGGAUGUCAUACUUAAAAAAAUAAUGCAACUGUGCCAUUUUUCUGUAGCUGUGAAAAUUAUUGUUCAGAUCUUCUGCUAAGGUGAUCAGAUAAGUUAAACUUAUACAUUGUCCUUAUGACUCAAAACAUUUAUCCUGUUGUCUUCUGUAUGAUAUUAGUAAAGUUCUUCUAUUUAAUUUAAGCUGUUGGUCACACUGACAAGUUGAUUAAAUGUGAAACAUUAUUGCAAUUAAAUGGGCAUGUAGAAUGUUCCUUCUUAAAACAGCUGAUGAUGCAUUUCAUUCUUUCCGAACAGAGAAAGAAAUGUGAACAUCUGUAUUACAGACGUCCCACUUCUGUAUAUGCUGAUUACGACAGAAGCUUAAAACACCAAGAGCUUGUAAAUACUGAUGUGAAUGAUAAACGUUCACAUCAAUUAUAUAGGGCUCUGACGAUGAUGUAUUACAAUCAGGAUUACUGAGCUUCUGGGCUGUGGCCACUGUCUAAUAUUGUGAAGGUGCUCACUGUUUUUAGAAUUUGUAUUGGUUUCCAUACUCAGAUGAAUGGUGUGAGGUGAAAUCUGCUCGGUUGGAACCACUCAAUCAUUGGACACACCUGGGCUCAGGUUUUGUUCCAGGAGAUAAAAUGAAGAUGUACAAUUAAUGCUGUGGGUACCAGAACACUAGACAGAGGACAAAGCCCAAAAAGACAGUAAUCCUGGACAUGGGUUCAACUUUAAUCAUACUCUUAACAUACAUUUCAUAUACGAAGUUCUGAAUGAUUAUUUUCAGCACUCUCAAUAAACAAUGAAGUUUACUCUCUCCUUGGAUGUGAUACCAUGUUGUUGGGUAGAUCAUUACUUACAUUUAGAAGAAACCUACUGCUUCUUGUCUGAAGAUGGGCAACAUGCCAUCACAUCCAGAAAACAACCUUCUUAGUCACUGUUGUGGGUUCCUCAAAUCUCAAUAAAACUGUAUAUACAAGAAUCUAUGCGAAAACUGUCGUAAAUACACAAUAAUAAAUCUACUUACUGUGUCAUAUUAAUGCAGUGUGGCUCAGAGAGGAUAAUUUAUGCAUAACUUAUUUAUAUUUAUAAGCACAAUCACUUCUAUAUAUGUAAAGUGAAAUGACAAACAAAAUAGCUGGAAAACAAAUGAACCCUAUGUAUAGUAUGUACUUUAUAAGUCCAGUUAGGUAAAAUGACUGUCAU